AAGGAAUAUCAAGUUUGGUUCCUUAGACACGCCAAAACACGCCGACACGACACUGCACUAAUCACACCCUGCUCGAUCCGUCUUCAUGCUGCCUUACUAGAAUGAAGUUGUGACAUUUGACGACCUCCCAAAAUCACCGACCGAGAAAUCCGACCAAGGUCUCGCCAGCCUUACCCUUCCCCUUCCCCCACCCUGAGCCACCAUGCCUAGCAGAGUUCCCGCCCGUUCAACUUCUGCCUCGACGCGCAAAAACUCCGCGCAACCCUCUGCUUCGGGGCGCGCAGCGUCGGUGACGCCUGCAUUCGUCAUUCCUGAUGAACCCGCCUUGCCGGAGGCGGUCCCAACCCUGCGACGAGAUAUCUGUGCCAUCUUCGCCGACGCUCAACGCUCGACCACCGGACACCGCAAACUCGUCGUGCGUCUUCGCAAACUUCAGGAGGCCUGCUGUGGAAUCUCGCAGAAGAGCUCGAAGAAGGAUGGAAAGAGGCAACAGAGCCGUGCGGAGAUAGUAUUGCCGUCCGAGGAAACGAUUCCGGAGAAGGAGUUCAACACGGAAGUCGGCCGCUGCGUGCUUCGCAUCUUACCGAUCAAGAAAUCCGAGCCGGUGGGCGAUCGGAUUCUUCGUUUCCUCGGCACGUUUUUGCACCAAGCCUCCGAGAAAGACGCAGAACUGUUCGCCUCGAAUGAAGAGGAGGACGACGACCUCGACAACGUCACAGAAACCCCGACGGCCCGCCUGACCACGACCUUGGUCAAUCUUAUCAUACCUCUGUUGGUUGCAAAGGACAAGACCGUUCGGUUCCGUGCGACGCAGAUUGUGGCGCAUAUCGUCAACUCGCUCGAGACGAUAGAUGAUGAUCAAUAUCACCUCAUUCGUCAUGGCCUCCUCAAGCGCAUUCGCGACAAGGAACCGGCCGUUAGAGUGCAGGCGGUGAUGGGUCUGGGCCGACUUGCCGGCAAUGAUGAUGACGAUGACGACCACGAUGAGAGCUCCAGAGCCAUACUGGAGAAACUGGUCGACAUCAUGCAAAAUGAUACAAGUGCCGAUGUGCGGAAGACGCUGCUCAUUAAUUUACCUCUGGUUCCGGCCACCCUCAAGUAUCUGCUCGAAAGAGCCCGCGACCUCGACGCACCGACCAGGCGAGCGGUGUAUGCGCGGCUGCUUCCUAGCCUUGGCGACUUCCGCCACCUGUCGCUGUCGAUGCGAGAGAAGCUGCUGCGUUGGGGACUUCGCGAUCGUGACGAAAGCGUCAGGAAAGCCACGGGCAAGUUGUUUUACGACCGAUGGAUCGAGGACUGCGCAGGUACUAACAAGGACCCCGAAGCUGGACCCGUUGGCCAGCGUUCUCCGCCCGAUAUCUCAGCCCUCCUGGAGCUCUUGGAGAGAAUUGAUGUGGUCAACUCUGGAGUGGAGUCUGGAAUUGCUCAUGAGGCGAUGCGUAGCUUCUGGGAAAGCCGUCCCGAUUACCGAGAAGCCGUGAUCUUUGACGAACCCUUCUGGGAAUCGCUCACAGCGGAAUCGGCAUUUCUCAUCCGCUCUUUCAACGACUUCUGCCGUGUUGAGAACGAGGACAAGUAUGACAAACUCGCCGAUGAGAAGAUACCGGAAGUCACGGCGCUGGCCUUUUAUCUACACAAGUACAUGACCAGCCUACUGCAGAGGAAAAAAUCCGUCAAAGAAGCCGGCGACGCCAACGAGGACGACGCGGUCGAGAAUGAGUUCAUCGUCGAGCAGUUGCUGCACAUAGCCAUGACUCUCGAUUACAGUGACGAAGUCGGUCGUCGCAAGAUGUACUCUUUGCUGCGUGAAUCUCUCGCCGUUCCCGACUUGCCCGAGGAGUGCACAAAGCUUACGGUCGAAACACUACGAUACGUUUGUGGACCCAACGCCGCCGCUGAGAACGAGUUCUGCAGCGUUGUUCUUGAAGCUAUUGCCGAAGUGCACGACACAAUCACCACAGAAGAUAGCUUUGUAUCUGCCAAAUCGGAAAUCAGCGACGCCAGUUCGUCUCGCGCUCGAUCCGAGACACCUCAAACAGAAGAUGAAAAACCCUUCAAUAGAGAGGAGGCCAAGGCCAAAGUUCUUCGGGAAAUCGUGGUCAACAUGAAAUGUCUUCACAUUGCCCUCUGCAUGUUGCAAAAUGUUCAAGGUAAUCUUCAGGCCAAUAUGAAUCUGGUGACCAUGUUGAACAACCUGGUCGUCCCCGCUGUGCGCAGUCAUGAGGCACCAAUCCGUGAGAGAGGUCUAGAGUGCUUGGGUCUCUGUUGCUUGCUGGACAAGACACUGGCGGAAGAGAACAUGACUCUGUUCAUUCAUUGUUUCAGUAAAGGGCACGAACUUUUGCAAGUUACCGCUAUCCAUAUUCUUUGCGAUAUGCUGGCUACGCAUCCUACUUUACUCACGCCAGUGACCCAGUCCGAUGGCGAGACCGUCACACCUCCGGUCUUCCAGAAGCCAUUGCUGAAGGUCUUUGCCAGGGCGUUGAAGUCUAUCUCCCCAAAUAGCGUGCAAACGGCCGCCGCCACUGCGCUCUCUAAACUACUGCUCACAGGUGCCUUCAACCCGGGUGGAGCUAAUGUGCCCGCAGCCAUCCAGGAGUACAAUCAGGCCGCUAUUGAGACGCUUCUGCAGUCCCUCGUUGUUUCAUUUUUCCACCCUCGCACGCGUGAAAACCCUGCUCUUCGCCAGGCCCUGGCCUACUUCUUCCCUGUUUACUGUCAUUCGCGGCUGGAGAACACGCAGGCCAUGCGUAGAGUGGCUGUGCCGGUUGUUCGGGCGACAUUGAACGCUGCCGAAGAGUACUAUUCGCUCGAAGCGGAGGAGGAUAGUGACGGUGACAUCGACGAGACCGUCGGGCAGAGGGAGCUGAAGGCGCUGAUGAGUGGUGUCCUGGGUAUGUUGGCGGAAUGGACCGAUGAGCGGCGAGUCGUGGGUUUGGGUGGAGAAAAGGUCCUCGCCGGUCAGCCAGCCAGCUCAACGGCAUGUGGCUUCGUCCAUUUGGAGCUGGUGAAGGAUAUUCUCGAGCGGGUGCUGGGGAUCAGCACUGGCACAAAUCGUUGCUCCAAGGACGAGAAGAAGCUCUUAUUCUCUCUUCUCAGCAAGCUCUACAUUACCGCACCGGUCGUUCCCUCACGCUCAGGCUCGCGUGCCCCCGAAGGCGAGGACCCAGUUCGAUCCAGCGUACAGGGAGAGAUCAGUGCCGAGAACGCCGCUCUCGCUCAGGAUGUGAAAGAGCUUUUGGACGAGACGAUCGAGGAAGGACUGGCUGCCGAAGCCGCCGGCCGGAACGCCCUUGUCAAGGUGAAAAACUCGGUGCUCAAGCUAUUGGCGGCCGCCAACGGUCGACCUGCUAGUGUUCGGGUGCGGGAAGGCGACGAGGGCGACAGCGAUGUAAUGAGCGUGCGAUCGAUGAGUGUGCGCUCCGGCAGCGUACGGCCUUCGAUCGAAACCGGUAUGAUGCGGCGAGGAUUCUCAGUUGAGCCGAGCAUCAUUGAGGAGGAGGACGAGAACGAAGACAGUCACACAACGGUGAUCAAGGCGGAAGAAGCCCGCGAAGAGUAAUUGUUGGUUCUUGGUCUGGUUGGUUUGGCGUUCGGAUUAUGCGUCGGCCGGGCAUGGGGUUCUCUUGGCUGGUGGGUAUCAGCAUGCGCUGAUUUGGGAUUUAUUCGCUGUAGUUAUACUUGAGUCGUUGUUUAUGCCCGGCAUGAUGAGUGUAAAUGAUGUAAUGUUUGAUCCGUUGGAAACAUUUGAGAUGCUCCUCUUUUCUUAUGU